AUGGUCGCGCUCUGCGCUCGCGCUCACGAUUUUGAAAAUCGUGCGAUCGCGCUCUGCGCUCGCGCUCAUGAGCGCAGAGCGCGAGCGCAGAUCGCAGAGCGCAAAGUGCGCUCUGCCCAUGUAUGGAAAAAAAUCACCCUCAGCCUUAUCACCCUGUUGACGUACUUGGUCUACAAAUUUUUCACAAAGCAUUUUGGCUACUGGGAGAAAAUGGGCGUGAAAUGCGUCAAACCAGUGCCAUUUUUUGGAUCCGCUACGUCUGUGUUCCUCAUCAAAGAACACCCCAUGACGUUUAACCAACGCUUGUACCAAAAGUACGAAGGAGAGCAAUUUAUUGGAUUUUACAUGGGAAGAACCCCUACCCUCUUGGCGUUUGAUCCGGAACUGAUAAAGCUGAUUUUUGUUAAAGAUUUCUCUCAUUUUGUUGACCACGGAUUUAAAUUCCACGAGGAAGCGGACCCCUUACAGGCGCUCAGUUUGUUUAACUUGACUGGUCAAAGAUGGAAGGAUAUGAGAACAAAACUUGUGCCAACAUUCACAUCUGGGAAAAUUAAGGGAAUGUUCCCUUUAAUGCAAGAAUGUACCUCACAAUUUGAGCUUCACUUGGAAAAACUCGCAACGACCAAAGAAGUUUUUGAAGUUAAAGACCUGAUGGGGUGCUUGUUCACGGACAUGAUUGGAACGUGUAUUUUUGGUAUCACUUGCAACAGUAUCAAGGAUCCAAAAAAUCAGUUCAGGGUCAUGGGAAAAAAGUUAUUCGAGCUAGAUUUUGUGCAGGCGCUCAAAGGAAUGAUAAUAUUCUUUAUGCCAGAUAUAGCGAUGAAGCUGAAAAUCGCAUCAAUGCAGAAAGAUGCGAUUGAAUUUUUCAAGACUUUGUCAAAAACUUUGGUGGAGCAGAGAAAGAAAACCAAGGCUUACAGAAAGGAUUUUUUGCAACUGUUAGUGGAGUUGCAAGAAAAAGGCAGCGUGGCAAUUGAUGCUGACGACGAGGAUCAGCACCAAGCUGAACAGGAAAUGCAAAAUUCAAGUAGCAGCACAUUCAAAAUGUCAGACAUUGAAUUGGCAGCACAGGCGACAGUAUUUUUCUUUGCUGGUUUUGAAACAUCCUCUACUUUGACAUCGUUUUCCUUACUUGAACUUGCAGCCAAUCCAGAUGUACAGCAGAAAGCGCAGUUGGAAAUUGAUGAAGUCUUUGAAAAAAAUAACGGAAAAUUGACUUACGAAGCUUUGAGGGAUAUGAAAUACUUGGACUGGAUUAUGAAAGAGUCGCUCAGAAAGUAUCCACCAAUACCUAUAAUAAUUCGAGAGUGCACAAAAACGUACACGAUUCCAAACACAAAUGUGACCAUUGAAAAGGGGACUAUGGUCCAAAUUCCAAUUUGCUCUCUGCAAAACGACCCCAAAUACUUCCCUGACCCCGACAGGUUUGACCCUGAGAGAUUCAUUGAUGACGAAAAUUCGCACAAAUACCAGUACAUUUAUUCACCUUUUGGAGAAGGUCCGAGGCAGUGCAUUGGUAAUCGAUUUGCUUUGAUCCAGUCAAAGAUUGCGCUGCUCACUUUCCUCCGCAAAUACACAUUGGUAUUUUCACCAAAGACGCAGUACCCUGUCGUUUUCGACAAGGUUCAGUUCAUUCCGACUAGCAAGGAUGGAGUGUGGCUUCAGUUAGAGAAACGCAGCGAAGAAUAAUACUUUUAAUUAUUAUUUUAUGAAUAGUCUUUAAUAUGUAACACCGCAAUGAUGUAAAAUAUUUUGAUGUUCAUAAAAAUAUUAUUUCAUAAAAGCAAAAUUUGUGGAAUUUCUUGCAUAUAAUUAUAAUGAAAGGAAUAAAUAAACAGAUAUUAUAAAAUUAUAACAGCUAAAA